UCGUAGCGAGCGGAUCGUGGCUCUGAGAUGGCGAUAGUGCGAUUGAUAUUGUUAGUGCUUUCCCUGGCAUCGGGUAUUCCCCGAGAUUGUGCAGGUCAAAGGUAUGCAAUUCUUGCUCCACGUAUGGUACGAGCUUACAAUACCUACGACUUGGUAGUGACAAAUUUAGCAGAUGAAAGGCAAGAGUUUCUGUGCGAAAUUGUUGAUUCCAAUGAGAAGGUAGUAGGCAGGUCCGCAGCCAUGGUCCAACCGAAUCAGCUAAGCACGGUACAAAUUCAACUCGAAAGUUUGGAGCAACAAAGCUAUAACCUGAAAGUUUGGAAACCACAGAGGAAAGUGCUGCUGAAUACUACCGCGCUCGAAACCAUUGAUAGAAGCUAUUUGGUGCUGUUCCAGACUGAUAAACCUGCGUACAAACCGGGAGAUAAAGUACAGUUUCGCGUAAUAUUUCUAUUCCCAAAUGCAUACCCGGUUACGAACACUGCCAGGCCAAGCAUUUUCAUAACUGAUCCUGACAGGAUUAGCAUGAAGCAGUGGAUCAAUGCAUCACUCACGAACGGAGUGUUCGAGGGUAGCUUUCAGUUGGCGGAGUACACCCAGUAUGGGUUGUGGACGAUCAGUGCCUCAUUGAAUCGGCAGCAAUAUAAAGAAUCUUUCAGCGUAGAGGAGUACACCCUGCCGCUGUUCAAAAUACAGGUAAACCCUGUACCGAAUCCCUACUUCCGUUGCGUUGACUCGAAAAUGUCGCUGAAAAUAAGUGCUUCCUUCGUGCACGGUGGUUCGGUACGGGGCACUGCCACUGUAGUGGUUCGGGCCAAUUACAACAAUUAUCCCUCGCAAACAAAGGAGGUGACACGCGCGCAAGUUGCCAUUAAUGGAACGACCACCGUGGACUUUCCAAUUCAUGUCGUGGCCGAGAAUUGUGACGAAGAGCGAAACGUUUGGUUCGAUGUAACGGUCACAGAUAGUUUGACAGGGGUGAGCUAUAACACCACCAGCGCCUUUACGGUACACAACAAUGGAGGUGUUACUAUGGAGGCAAUUGAUGGGCAUGAUGCCUUCUAUCCGGGUCAAGCGAUGUGGAUCAAAGUGCUAGUUUCAACCCUCGAUGGGAAGCCGCUAGUAAAUGAGAACGUCACCAUAGUUUGCACAGUGCAGGACGAAGAUAGGAACAAUCGGGAUGUAGCGAUCCCCAAAAUCCAAACGUUGUUGACCAACUCCAAUGGAAUCAUACAAUUUCUAAUCAACACAACCUUGAACACGGUUGAAGUGGAUGUGACGGGUAGCUACAAGAAUCACAACUACUCAUUAGUCUCCGCUUAUCCGAUGUACGAGGAUAGGACUCUCGAAUACCUCGCCAUCAAUUCACGUCAGGCAUACUAUGUCUACGGUAGAAACAUCACUGUUGAUCUGUAUUCCAAUGUACAACUGAAAAGAAUUUAUUAUAUUGGCUACUGCUCUGGUAGAGUGUGUGAAAGUGGGGUUCAAGAAGUUUCCUCCACGGUCAAUAAGUACGAGUUCGUACUGACGGUAAAACCAGCAAUGAAGCCACGGAUGAAACUUUUGGCAUUCACCGUCAAAGAGGAUGGAAAAAUAUUAAGUUCUUCAAUAAUUAUACGAAUUCUGCCGACCAGUAAGCCGACUCUCAAUAUUAAGGUCGCUUUAAUGGAAACAAAAUGCGAUGCACAUACCUUCGACAUUACGGCAGAACCCAAUGCUUUCGUUGGUUUGUUGGGCGUUGAUGAGCGUGUUAUGCAGAGAUCGACCGUAAACAACGACAUUUCACAACACAAGCUGAAUCUAGCAAUGCGAGCCCAAGAAGAUGCUUCCAAUGCUAUGUGGUCUCCGUAUGAUGUUUUUGGAAGUGUGGGAGUAGCGUUGCUAACGGAUGGAUAUCUUCCAGAUGUUGGGUUCAUUCCACAUUCCUUUGGGGAGUUUGAAAGAGGUGUAAAAAAUUCCUAUCAAGAGUAUAGCAUACGGGAAGACUUUUCGGAAACAUGGAUUUGGGAAUCGUUAAAAAUGCCGAAUGGGAAGGGCUCGAUCGAGAAAACGAUUCCGGAUACCAUUACUACCUGGGUGGUGAAUGGUUUUGCGGUCGGCCCAGUCAAUGGAUUGGAAAUUCUACAGAAACCGGUGCAAAUAAACACGCAAAAACGGAUCUUUGCACAGCUCUACAUGCCAUCAUCAAUGAAACGUUUGGAGGAAAUUACGGUUCAUUGUCUCGUCCAUAACUAUGGUAAUGCUACCGAAGUGUUAUUGGAGGUGCAUCCCAUGUUGCCACCCACCAAACUAUCCCUUGCCCAAGGUGCAACUGCAAAUGUACCCGUCAAUCUGCAAUCUGACCGAGUGGGCACACUAACUGUAGACGUCAUUGUAAGAGAACAGAAUGGAAAAGAGAUCGAUACGUUAAGACAAAAAAUUUCAGUUCGUCCGGAAGGUUUAACGAAAACUGUGGAAGAUGUGCGCAUUUUGGAUUUCCCUAGUCAGAACAAGUUAAGCUUCAAUUUGAUGCUACCGCCAAUUGAAGAAGAUCGUACUAUAAGUAAUGAAGAGGUUACUCUCUCGGUGAUUGGAACGUUUCUUAAUCUGAAUUCGCUCGAUUUGGAGCGGAUGGUUCAAUCCUCCCAUGGUAAUGGAGAAGACAGCAUACUCUUCCUGCAAACUGCAAUGGCUGUCUACGAUUACUUCCAGACGACAAAAGAUCUGCAACCAAGAAUUAGGAACCAAUUUCUCUCCUACAUGGAGGUGGGUUACCAGCAACUGUUGCGAUACCGUUUGGAUGACUCUUCGUACAGUCUGUUUGGAACCUUACGCGAGUGUGGCAGUGUCUGGUUAACGGCCAGCGCAGUAGAAUCGCUGCAGAAGCUAUCUAAGUACUAUCCCGUAGAAAAGUCCCUCCUUACCGAUACUUUAGAUUGGCUCAAGUAUCAGAGUGCCGAGGAUGGAAGCUUCAAUGAAAGUUGCAUGAUCGCUCAUCCACACAUUCAACGUACGGGAGGAAAGGAACUUUCGCUUGCAAGUAGCGUUUUGUUUGCUUUCGUUGGGAGUGAACAGAGAGAAGACUAUGUGCAGGUCAUUAACAACACAGUAUCACUUUUACUGAGUUCUCCUAUCGAAGAUGUCUACUUGCUGGCGAAAACGACCUAUUUACUUACUCUCAUGAAUCAUGCGGCCAGCGCAACAAUGCUGCAAACGCUAAACAAGAGGGCAGUGACGGAUGGGAAGUAUCUCUACUGGAAAGUAGUAAACCGCGAGCCAACGUCGUCGGCACACAUUCGAGAUCAGGAAACCACUGCCUAUGCUUUGAUGGCGAACAUUAAACGAAAUACUCUCAAUCAACUGGAUAUAAUACGAGUAGCCCAAUGGCUUCAAAAGCAUAGUUUCGCUGGUGAUCACUACGUGCCUUCAUUAGAAAGGAUCAUUGCUUUGGAAGCCCUUGGUAUGGUGGCGCAUCGAUUCAACAGCACCGUGCCAAAUAUGCACAUAAAGGCGGGCAAUUUGAUCAUCCAAGUUAACUCAACGAAUCAGAACCUGCUGCAAAAAUGUAUCCUUUCAAAGUAUACCCGCCGUGUAAGCAUAUCAGCAGAAGGAAGUGGGCUGGUUUUAGUGAAACUUACCUACCGAUACAGUCUGACCAAUGCGCCCCACGUCAGCACUGGGAACUCUUUACACCCCAUCAACACCCGUAAAUCGUUUCGAGUGGAUAUCGAGAAGAUACCAAAGCCAACCAAUAAACUCGAAUUGCACUUGUGCUUCCUCCAGCCGUUCUAUGUGUACAAUUCGUAUGUUUAUAAAGCCGCCAUAGACUUCCCUACAGGAUAUGAAAUAGAUGAACUGCAGGAACUUUACGGUAAUGCCACCAGGCGUGCGAUUCUGCUGGAGAAUAAGUCUCGUCUGGAAAUCGUCUGGUACUGUAGGCAACCUGGGAAGGUUUGCUACAAAAUUUCAGCCUACUCCCGUUGUGAGUAUGUAAGCCCUCCGCAAGGAUCAAUUUACUACUCCUCAUUUGAUACGAAAGCUUUACUUGCUGUUUAUCCAUUUUAGAAAAAAAAAAAACGAACGUCUAUACAUAAUUUUGUUGAAAUAAACAAUGUUUUACCCCUUAACCAUGACAUAAGUUUGUAUAUAUACAUACAUUAUGUUAAGUUUA